AUGUUUCUGGAUCAAUACCCCUACUGCUUGCCUAGUAUACCAUUUGGGAUGAAAAUAAAUUUUGAUGACGCAUUUGGUACCCAUCAAUACAGGAGGAUGACAUAUAGAUCCAACACAAGGUAUUCAUAUCGAAGUCAGCUCGGGGUUGGCCGAAAUAUAGUUGAUGACUAUAUCACAUCAGAUGAGGUAGAAGAAGUGGAGUUUAUAACAAAGAGCAGGGCUGAAUCAUACAGAGGAAACAUUUUGUACUUCAUGUCGGGGAUCGAUCUGUCCUGGAAUAAAUUGACAGGUCCAAUUCCACCUGAAAUUGGAUACCCGAGUGGUAUUCAUACUCUAAACCUGUCAUUCAACUGUUUAACCGGAUCAAUCCCGGAAAUAUUUUCACUCCUGAAACAAGAACAAAGCCUGGACCUAUCCCACAACAGAUUGAGUGGCCAAAUUCCCUCACAGGUGGUAGAGUUGAACUUUUUAUCAGUCUUCACUGUAGCUUACAACAACUUAUCAGGUAGGACACCAGACAGGAAGGCACAGUUUGCAACAUUUGAAGAAAUCAGCUAUGAGGGCAACCCCUAUUCUUGUGGACUGCCACUGCAGAGAAGUUGCACCACCAGCAGAGUAUCGCCAUCAGCGCCACCACCUUCAAGAUCAGUACACUUAUUGGAAGCUGAAUUUUGGUGGGCUUUUGGGGAAUCAUAUGUUUUGGCAUUGUUAGGCUUUAUAGCUUUUCUCUACGUCAGUCCAUACCAUCGAAGACUGCUGUUUGGAUUCGUCGAAGCAUGUGUAGUAUCUUGUCGCUGA